GCCACCCGGCCCUGCGCUUCGUCUUCUCCCGCGGGCCGCCGCAGGGCAAGCCAAGCGAUGCAGACCGCUGCGGCCGCCCGGAGGGGCGCCGCGGCGUGGGCCGCGUCGGCGUUCCACUCUUCCGCCGCAGCGCUCUCCAAAUCCACGCCUCAUAUCCGGUUCGCUGUCCGUGAGAAGCGCAGGGAUGCAAAGAGUGCCCUUAAAAACAUUCUGCUCAAUGGCAGCCCGUGUCAGGAAAGCAUUAACAAGCAAAUGAGAAAGCAGAAAGGUAGUGGCAGACCAAAGGUCCAGCAUUCUUGUCCAGGGAAAAAUCUAUAUGGCAAAAAUAAGCGUGGGCAGAACUGGAAAAGCUUUGAUGAUGAUGAAUGCACAGAUACACCAUAUGGUACCUUUGGUGGUAAGAGAUCCUUCACAUGGUACUGGCCCGGGGAGAAUGACGAGCUUGGUAGUUCUCCUAGCGGUUUUCAAUGGAGGGAUGAAUCUCAGUCUGCCAAAUCAAGGAAAAAGUUCUUGAAUGAAAGUGAUCUCGAUGAGGAAGAGGUGUCAGGGUCAGGCCAUGAUGAUUUGCGAAGCUAUAGGAUCUCUCUGGGGUUGCCAAUUUUAGGCCCCUUAAAACUGGCGCAUAUUAAGGCUGCUUUUCGUGCUUCUGCUCUCAAGUGGCACCCGGACAAGCAUCAAGGACCUUCACAGGCUGAAGCAGAGGAAAAGUUCAGACGCUGUGUGGAAGCAUACAACGUAUUGACUUGUGCCUUCAAGUCAAGUGGCUAACUAUGGGCGCAUGCAAGUGCAAGGAAACUUUUUGAUGAUUUUUUGGGAACUUCAAAUUGAUACGUGGAGCUGCUGUAGUUUAAGGACACAGAGAAACUAGAAGAAAGUGAAGUUUAGAGUUUUGGCUUCAUGUUGAUAACGAAAUAUAAAGAAUAAUCUGUAUCAAAAACAUAGACUUGGGUCAGCCCAGCCAAAUCAAUUGAGGUGACGCAAAUUCCAGGGUUCAUUUGUAUGUUUGCUUCCACUGUCACUGUAAGAGUAAAUGUUGUUCCACAGCGAGUUUGUUGUAAAAUUUUACUCAGUAAUGCUGAAUAGAUCCAAAACUGUUGCAGUGUCA